GAAAAAAGUUUAAAUUUAUUCCAUUUAUUAUACAAGACAACUUGUGGUAUUCAUGUUCAACCAAAAUUUAAAAAGAGUUUUACCCAGCCAUUGAUAAAAGAAAUAUCAGAGUUUGGUUUAUUUCGAUGUGCUACACCAUUUGAUAGAAGAACAACAGCAUUGGAAUGGCACCCCACACAUCAGAACACAUUAGCUAUGGGAUCCAAGGGUGGUGAUAUUAUAUUAUGGAAUUCUUCUACAGUUGAUAAAGAUCCUUUUAUACAUGGGGAUGGCCCAGGAGGGUCUAUACAAGCUAUCAAGUUUUGGCCCUGGGAUCAUAACAGAGUAUUAACUGCUUCAAUCAAUGGUACUGUUACACUACAUGAUUUUGAAGGACGUCAAACUCAAGUUUUAUCUGAUACCAUGAACUGUAUGGAUUUUUGGUACUGUUCAGUAGAUGUUAGUCAAGACAAUAAAAUGGUUAUUACUGGAGAUAAUGUGGGAAAAGUUUUAACUUUAACAGACCAGGGAGAGAAGAUCUCAAAUCUCAAAUUACACAAACAGAAAGUAACUCAUGUUGAAUUCUCACCAAGAGAAAGUUGGUUAUUAUGUACAGCAUCUGUAGAUCAUACUGUUAAACUAUGGGAUAUCAGGAUGAUCAAAGAUAUUAAAAGUUCAGUCAAUGUAUUACAGCAUGCUAAGGGAGUCAAUUCAGCAUAUUUCAGUUCCACAGAUGGAUGUAGACUACUGACAACAGAUCAACACAGUGAGAUUAAGAUAUUCUCAGCUCCUGACUGGAGAUUAGAUAAAACUAUUGUUCAUCCUCAUCGAUUCUUUCAACAUAUUACACCUAUUAAAGCUACAUGGCAUCCAUUACAAGAUCUGAUAGUAGUAGGUCGUUAUCCUGACCCAUCACUAAUGAAAGUCAGCAGUGCUUAUGAGCGUCGAGCUAUAGAUAUUAUAGACAGUGAUACUGGUGGUAUUAUUUGUAAACUCUAUGAUCCUAGUGCUCCAGGAAUUGUUUCGUUAAAUAAAUUCAAUCAUAGUGGUGAUGCUUUAGCUUCUGGAAUGGGUGUAAAUAUAUUGUUAUGGAAUAGAAAACAUUUGAUAGCCCGAAAACAGGAAGAAUUAAGUAGUAAGAUGAUAUCUAGUGGUAUUACUCCUAAUAGAAAUCAACCUCAUAGU